AUGGAGACUAUAUCAUAUCCUUGUUCCCCUCUUCUCUCCUUCCCCACACACGAAGAGAGUAUCUAUUCCAUUUGGCCUUCUCAAGCAUCUCUCCAUGAGAAUGCCAACCUCCAUGCUGAUCCUUGUUCUGACCAACAGAAAGAUCUUGAUUCCCUUGACACCAUGGCCAUAGAUUCUAAUGAGUUGCAUCAUCAACAUGAUGCUCCUGAUGUUGAUGUGCCUGUUAGUUGUGGUGACAGAGUUUUAGGCCAAGAGAAUGGCAACUUGGCAGCAAUCCAAGAGGAGCUCUUGGAGGAGGACAGUUUAAGUGACCUCCUUCUUGCUGGCGCAGAGGCGGUCGAGGCGGGGGAUUCGAUCCUUGCAUCAAUAGCGUUCUUGAGGCUGGAUGACUUCCUGUCUGGGGUACCUGAAAAUUCAGCAGCCAGCUCUUUUGAUCGACUGGCAUACCACUUUGAUCAAGGUCUGCGUUCCCGGAUGUCCAGUGCAUGCAAUGGGUGUUAUCAGCCACAACCACUGCCAUCUGGUAACAUGUUGGUGCACCAGAUUAUACAGGAGUUAUCACCAUUUGUCAAGUUUGCCAACUUCACUACCAAUCAGGCUAUCCUGGAUGCCACUGUUGGUGACAUGGAUGUGCAUGUUGUUGACUUGAACAUCGGCGAGGGCAUCCAGUGGUCAUCGCUCAUGUCGGACCUUGCUCGUUGUGGUGGUAAGUCCUUCAGACUAACAACUGUCACUGGUGACUGCAAUGAUAGCACUCAUGACACCGCUGUACGGCUUCUAUCGGAGUUUGCUGAGUCCUUGGAGCUUCCGUUUCAAUAUAACUCCAUCUUUAUGCAUAAUGAGGAGGAACUGCAUGCCUUCUCUGAGGACUGUAAAGGCUCUGUCAUUGUCUCAUGUGAUACAACAAGUCUGUAUUACAAGCCACUGAGCACAUUGCAGAAUGUACUACUUGUCUUUGUCAAGAAGCUGCAACCUAAAUUAGUGGUCACUGUAGAAGAGGACCUGGUUAGAAUUGGAAGAGGAGCAUCUCCAUUUAGCACCUGCUUUGUCGAGUUCUUCUUUGAGGCACUGCACCACUUCACCACGGUGUUCGAGUCAUUGGCGAGUUGCUUCAGUGGCAGUAACUAUGAGACAUGCCUGAGACUUGUGGAGAUGGAACUGAUGGGACCAAGGAUACAGGAUUUUGUGGGCAAUUAUGGGUCUGUGAGAGUUGAGGCCAAUGCUUCUGAGGUUUUGGAAGGGUUUAGGGCUUGUGAGCUGAGAGAACUCAGCCUGUUGCUGCACAUGGAGUUUCUGGUCUCUGCUGCGGCAAGUGAUCUUAUCAGCCGAUUUAUCUCUUCGGUAGCGCAAAAUUACAGCAACCAUGCAAGCAAGGCGGAUGAUCGCGCAAGGCUGGAACGCGUCUUGCUGAGGAUGCACUCUGUCGUUGAGGAAGCAGAUGGGCGCCACAUCACAAAUCGAGGAAUGCUCCAGCAGCUGAAGGGACUCAUGGAGGGUAUGGAGAUUCUCAUUUCUGCUGUGGCAGGUGAUCUUAUCAGCCGAUUCAUCUCUUCAGUAGCACAAAAUCACAGCAACCAUAAAUGGAAGGGGGAUGAUCGUACAAGGCUGGAACGCAUCUUGCUGAGGAUGCACUCUGUGGUUGAGGAAGCAGAGGGACGCCACAUCACGAAUCGAGGGAUGCUCCUGCAGCUGAAGGGACUCAUGGAGGGGUUCCACGUCGGAUGCUACGUGCUCGACAAGAUCAAGUUCCAACCCCCUGAAGAAGAAGAAGAAGAGAGCAUCGAAGAUGAGGUGAGCCAUGGGGCUCAGACAUUCGCCUCGUCUACUUUCAAGCGCUUCCGUUUCGCUGACGCCGUAAGAAAGCGAGCACCAGUAGCCUUUGGUAGCAGGAGCACAAGAAACCUGAAAGAUGUUGUUGAUGGCUUAGAAACAAAGAUCGCAGAUAUGAGAGAAUUCGUCAUACUUCUUGGCAGCUAUCCUCGUCUACCUCGCCAGCCUUACAGUACGUAUCUGUUCAUGGAGCAGUGCAUGUUUGGCCGCCAUAUUGAGAAAGAGCAAGUCAUUAAUUUCUUGCUUUGCAAUGAUCCUCAUGAACCAUGUCCGUUUGUUAGCAUUCUUCCUAUUGUUGGGCCACACAGGAUUGGGACGAAAACCCUUGUGCAGCAUGCAUGCCAGGAUGAGAGGCUGCGCAGCUUUUUCUCCCACAUACUUUUCUUUAAAGAAGAUGAUCUGAACAUCGGAGAGCUCUCGGUUAACUCCAAGGCUUCUCCAGGGAAGUACUUGUUUGUGAUUGAGUUCAUUUGGGAUGUGGAUGAGGCAGCAUGGACAAAAUUCCAAUCAUACUUACAGAACACGAAAGCUACCGGAAUUAAGGUUGUAGUCCUAAGUAGAACAGAGGACAUUGUCAAGUUUGGGACAUCCCAACCCAUCAGGCUGAAGAGGCUGUCUGAAGAAGAGUACUGGUACUACUUCAAGGCACUUGCGUUUGGAAGCAUGGAUCCUGAUGAACACCCAAGGCUAGCAUCUCUGGCCAUGCAGGUGGCUAACGAGAUGAAUGGAUCAUUUCUUGGUGCAAAUAUACUAGGUGAACUGUUGAGAGCCAAUCCUGACACUCAGUUCUGGCAGAGCAUCUUGUCUAGCUUAAGAGAGCUGAUUCAGAAGCACUUGUUUUCCUCUGGUGUACACCCUGAAGAUCUUCUUGAAAAAAACACUCCUGUUGAUUUCACCAGGGUAGCCUUUGUGGGUUCUCAAGCUCAAGGUUGCCUGGUUUAUGAUCUCAGGGAGGCUAACCCUGCACAGAGUGAGCUACCAAAACUAACUUCACGAGAAAUACUAUUGGGUGGUAACACGCCUGCUGAAGAGAAGUUUGAUGUGCUUGUAUGGAAAUCUCGCAUUCCACCCUACUGUGAUUACAUAGCUACUUUUGAGAAGCAGAAACCACGACGCAUGGUUGGCAAGAGGAGCACCAUCUACCACUCAUUUGGGGGUAAAUUCUACAAAGAGAUUACAUUGUCUAUACAGUGUAGUUUUACAAGGCUUGCUUUAACUACUAUUGGAAUAAUUCGUACAGUUUAACGAAUGUAGCACAUUUUUUGCUACUGUAGGUUGUUCCUAUAUAUUGCAUAUGUAAAACGCAGUCGGUUACUAUUAGU